GUUUUGGCGGCUGAUAUCACAACACAACAAAAAAAAAUACUAAAACAAUCUCAGUUCCCGCACAAACAGCGCACUGUUUUCGGGUGCCCCCAAACGAUGGACGAAGUGCCGGCCAGUCCGGUCGCAGUAAAGCGUAAGAAAUUCCGCCGGAAACAAGGUCCACUGUUUAAACGUGCCAAGAAAGCAUCGGCCGGUGAAAGUUUCGCCGACGAUGGAUCGUCCUACGAGCAGCAUUCCGAAUGUGCGAGCGACGUUCAAGUUACCGAGGCGGAGUUACCAGAAGCGGCACGAAAGCUGUCGACCUUUUACUACGACGAGGAUGUUGAGCAGUUUGAAACGGUGCAAGCAAAUCCGCUGGCUUCGGCAAUACUGCUGGAAAAGGCCAAUGCCAUCCCGGGACCGAGUAAAGUGCUGUCACGGCAGUUUGUUGCCUGCUGUACGGAACAGUUCCUAACGGUGGCCGAGCUGGCCAAACUGGCUGGAGAUGGUGAAGAAAGUGAUUUUGCGCCACCGCAGGAGUACAAGGCACAAUCAACCAUAAAGCCUCACAACUAUAGCUUCACACAGAUGGAAAUCGAUACGCAAAUGAUCGACCUCUUUGAGGCGGCGGAUCUGUUGACCGGACCGGGCAUAGAAAAGCAGCCACCGAAAUUGCCGCUGCCUCUAUCUGAGCUUCUUAGAGCAGACACUGAUGGGAAGGAUACAGUUCCGUCGAAGCUGCUCAGCAAUACUUCAAUCAACGAAACGUCUAUCAAACGUGAAGUUAUAGAACCAGAUGCUGCUUCCGAUGAGCGAAGUAUAGUGCAGCGAAUAUUGGACGAUUUUCGGCUCGAAGAUAGCGAAACAUGUUCUAUGGAUGUAGACCUAUCCCUCAUCCAAUCCGAAAGCCUACGGCGAAGAUUAAUACAACUGCGAGAUUUAAUCACCAGCCCGCCGAAACCCGUCAAGCGCGAACCGACAUGCCGCCAGUAUGGCCGAGCCAGAGAGAAAAGAGAGAAACUGUUAGCUCGUCGGUUAAGCUACGACACGGAAGAUUCAUCAAUGGCAGGGCAACCGUCAAGCGAUGAUGAGUCGGAAACGAGCACGAUCCGUAAUUCAAACCAUCACAGCGAUACUGAAACAUCAAUGGACGGAAUGGCACUGAACGAAAGUGUGCUAAUACAGGCAAAUCUUACACAACUUUCCGCUUUCUUUUCACAAGCCAUAACUAAUAGCCAAGAAGGUGGCGAGUGUAGGGAAGAGAAAGCUCGAAAUGAACCCAAAUCCACUUCGCUCGACGGUGAACCAGCGUUUCACGGGUUUUCUUCACCGAUCUCCCUUGCCCCCGAUAGAUCGUCUUCUCCCAAGACGGUUGCGAUAAACUUUGCCACGUUGAGUGAGUCAGAUGAGAGCAGUUUUCUAUCGGUGGACGAUAACCAUGCGGAGAGUGUGAGUGAACCAAUUACGAUGGAACAGUUGCUGGACGAUGAUGAGGAUCUGUUCAUGCUGGCGCACCCUGCGGAGGAGAAAGAACCCCAUGCAUCGGAUCAGAAGCGAGUGCAAAAGAUAACUGAAGGGACAAACGCGGCUCCCAUAAAAUCCGACGCCAAUAAUGAGGUACAUGGAAGUGUUAAUGCUUCUUUGAUGCCUCACAGUGCUACCUCAUGCCGUAAUGCAACGCGCGAUGCCUCGAUAAAUGAUUCUGAUGAAGUGUUACUAAAAGCUCAAGCAAUGUUCUCAGCAGAAGAAGUCAAACAGAAGCUUAAUCACCUUCAAAAUUAUUCUAGCAUAAGGGAAUCGUUGCAGGAAAGUGUUGAAAUGAAGGCCGUUCCAAGCGUAAAUGCAAACAACGCAGGAAAAGCUCAUAGGCGGAAGAUAGAAGAACCUGUAUUUUCCAAUCAACCGUUUAGUGGAGGGUUUAGUACGGCUGGUGGCAGCGCAAUUGCCAUAUCGAAAGAAGCGCUCGAAAGUGCUCAGAAAAUGUUUGCCGAAGAGGAAGCCAAGCUUCAGAAUGAGAUGCACGUAGACGAUUCUAAGGCACCGUUGGGAGCAGCUUUUAGUACAGCUGGUGGUAAAUCGAUCACUGUAUCGAAAGAUGCCAUCGAAAAGGCGCGUAAAACGUUCGAAAAGGAUGAAAGAACGAUUGGCAAGGACAUUGUGGACGAUCCAUUAGUCACACGGGAAGGAAACCCCUAUCAACCGACGUUCUUGGGAGGUUUUAGUACAGCCGGUGGCAAUACAAUUGCUGUCUCGAAAGCGGCACUCGCAUUGGCACAAAAAGCGUUCGCCGAGGAAGAAACGAAAAUGGAACAGGAAAACCUCACCACAGCAAAUGGAGCUUCAUUUGGUGAUGGUGGUUUUAGUACUGCUAGUGGGAGCAAGAUUGCUGUAUCGAAAAGAGCACUCGAAUCGGCUCGCACCAUGUUUGCGCAAGAGGAGGGGGAAGGCACAGAUCAACCCCAAACAACAGGGGAUGGUGGGUUCAAGCCACCUGCUAUGGGAUUUAGUUUUAGUACAGCGAGUGGCAAUAAAAUUGCCGUGUCGAAAAAAGCCCUUGAAAAGGCACAGCAAACGUUCGAAGAGAUAGAAUCGAUGGUGGACAAUGCUACCGGCGUUGAAGCAGCGGGCUCUUGCCAGGAGGUCAGCGGUAUGUGUAUAGAAAAUGAAUCGAAAGAGGUUAGAAAUUGUGACAAUUUGCGACCAGAUCUUAUGGGAGCUUUUAGUACAGCGAGUGGUUCCUCAAUAGCUGUCUCGAAAAAGGCUUUAAAAACAGCACAAAAGAUGUUUGAAGAGGAAGAAUUGAGCAGAGACAAAGAGAACCAGCCCGGCAAUAUUACUAAUGACUCCUUCGGUGGUGGAUUUAGUACAGCCGGUGGUGGCAAGAUAUCUGUUUCUAAAGAUGCAUAUUUUAGUACAGCGGCUGGUAGUGCAAUUGCAGUCUCGAAGAAAGCUCUCCAAAUGGCACAGAAAGCGUUCGAUGAGGACGAUCUAGGCCCGGUGGUUGAUAAGGAAAACAUCACAGGAAAUUUGCUCGGUGGCUUUAACACGGCAAGUAGUAGUAAAAUUACCAUCUCGAAAAAAGCAUUGGAAAAUGCAAAGAAAUUCUUCACCGAAGACGAAGAGGAGAAGGUCACGGAAUGCACUACGGUAAUAUCGAAAGAUGCUUGCACUAUCGAUCAUGUUGAGGAAAGUGUAACUUCUUUUCCUACGUUUAGUCGAGCGAGUGGAGCUUCCAUUGCCAUUUCGACCGAUGCGCUUGAGAGGGCUAAAAAGUUAUGGAAUGAAUUCGAUGAAGCUGAAAGCAAAGAACCUCUUCCUGCUGGUUGCAACGAUGCUGCAAUAAGUGACUCGGUGCUUGGAGAAAAUGCACCCAAACUGGAGGAAACUCGCCACAAGCGCCGCCUAUCGCCUGCGCACGAUGAACCGAUACUGACGCCGAAGAAGAAGCUGCGCUCAAACCAUCUCCAUCCACUUGUCCCCUUCCAAACCAGUACGCCAGCAUCGGCCGUAGGUGAAAGUGUAAGGCCCACCACAAAACAGACGAAAGAACCAACCCCGCCAGCACACGAUGUCGAUGCGUUUUUCUCGCAGCUGGAUGAUCAUGAGUUUCAGGAACUGUUCUGCGUCCAGCAAAUGGGUAAAAUGCCAAACAAAUUGUUGUCUAAAUUUGACCAAUGUUCCGAUACGAUACCGGCCAAACCGGCGGCGAAAAUGCAACCUGCCGGAUCGGAUUGGGACGAUAGCUUUUCCGAGAUACUGCCCAAUCUUCCCGCCUCGGACGAGUCGGAUGGGAAGCGGCGGUCGGUGCUGGUAAGCCACCUGCCACCGGAGCAUGUACAGCAGGCACGAAGGGAGGAGCUGGAAAAACAGAUGCAAUACAUUGCAAGCAAACCGGCAGAUGCGUGUCGGCCACGGUUGUUUGAGUUUUGUAGCCGAAAGCAGCAGAAGAAUCGUGUCGCAAUAAGGGAGUAUGUUGGUGGUGCUGUUCCCCGGACGGCGGACGUGUUAACCGCAGCGAUGAAUGUCACGCUGGAGAACGUGUUGGAGUUUCGCUUUAAUGUGGCGGAGUAUUACGGGGAAUCGGUCAGCAUCAGCAAUACUGCGGGUAUACCUCUCGGAACGGAUGGGAAAGCGGGAUGCUUACUGAUGGACGCAAACUCCACCAUAGGCGUGGAAGAGAUGAGGUGUGCCUUUCUUGCAGCCCCGGGCAUUGAUCCGCGGCUCGUACCGCAGGGAUGGGUAGAAAACGCUUGGCGCUGGAUCGUAUGCAAGCUGAGUGCGUAUGAGCGCAAUUUUAGCACCCAUCUGCAGGGUGCCUUAUCGCCGGAAAAUGUCUUCCAACAGCUACAGUACCGGUAUCACGUCGAGAUCGAUUCCGCACGCCGGUCCGCCCUGAGAAAGAUGCUCGAAAAGGACGACAUACCGAACCGCCGGAUGGUGCUGUUCGUGUCAAACAUCGUGCACAACGAUGCAGCAUCCGCCGUCGGAAUGGGGCUGGAACUGUCCGAUGGAUGGUACAGUGUGCGAGCCGAGAUUGAUUACCCCCUGGCGGCGGCUGUUCGCGCCGGCCGUAUCGUCCCGGGCACGAAGCUAAUGAUACAGGGCGCGGAACUGUGCAACCACAAGGAUGGUUGUUCGCCGUUGGAAGUACCGCUGGACGUGCGGUUAAAAAUUGCCGCAAACGCGACGCGCCGUGUCCGGUGGUCGGUACGGUUGGGGUACUAUCACCAUCCCGUACCGUUCCUGAUCGGGUGCAAUACUAUUCACGAUCGUGGCGGACUGAUUGCCCGUGUGCGAGCGCUCAUCGUGCGCGUGUAUCCGUUAAUGUACGUGGAAAAAAGCUCGAGCGAAGGGCAGGGAUCGGUACUGCGCUCGGAGCGGAUGCAGCAACGGCACAGCCGCCGGAACGAUGCGAACCAGCUGGAAAAUCUGCACAAACUGUACAACCGCGUGCAGGAGGAAAUCGAACGGGAGCGGGCGGCCAACAGCGUGAAGCGCAACGUGCGCGUGACGGAGAGCACGACGGCGGCCGAGCUGCAGGAGUGUUUGGAAAAUGGGCUCGACGUUUCCUUUCUCGACUUUGAACUGACCCGUUCGCAGCAGCUCGUCAUUGAGCAGUUCCAGCAGCGACAGCAGGAGCAGCUGCAGAGCGAAAUCAACCGACGGGUGAAGGCCCUGCUCGCCAAAAGCACCAUCCGGCCGACCGUUACCGCGCUGCUGAAAGUGCGCCUCAUGGAUCGUGCCCAACCGGUACGCUCGUUUGUCCUCUCGAUCUGGCGCCCGACGGACGAUGUGCGUGGUUUGCUGCAAGAGCAAGCCUAUGUGGAGUUUGGGAAUGUUACCGCCAACGGGACGAAGAAUAAUGACGUCCAACUAACCGCACACAAGGCCACCACGUACCGCCGGGUAAAGGAUGAUCUCAUCGUCGAGCAGCAGGGCCACUCGAGCAGCCGCACCGUCACACCGAUCGGGUCGAUCGAUGCGGCUAGCUUCCGUCCACCGUUCGGCGAGUUCGACACGGUCGGGGUGGUGGUGCGCGUCGGCCCGGCCGAAACGAAAAAGUUCCAAUCGAUCUACCUGGCCGACACGGCCAUGAACCUGCUGUGCAUCAACUUCUGGCACGGGCUGGGCGAGUACGCGUACGACGACGUGGUGCAGGAGCGACGGCUACUGUGCGUGUCCAAUCUGCAGUGGCGCACGUUCAGCCGGCAGCCGGCAGUCGGCGUACCGCAGUCGUUCGCGACCGAGUACACCACGUUCACGGAGCAGCACGUCCGCCACGGCCAUCUGCGGGCGGAAUGGGACCGCUGCCAGCUGCAGCUGGACGCGAUCGAUCGGGAUCGAUUCUUCGAGCAGUGUGCGGAGCGGCUCGGCGAGCUGGUGGCAGUGGCAGGGAGCAGCACCCCGAACGUGGGCACACCGUACGGGCAGCGGUCGGUUAGCCGGUUGCCGCAGACUUCCACCCCGGUUGGGGUGGGCAGCUACAGUGCGGCGAAGCGGAAAAUCGAAACACUCGCAUCGAUCUAUCCGGCCAGCCCGCCGAAACUGUCGCCGAUUGUGAUUGGGCGCAAUGCGACCCUUCGGCGGGGGUUUAAAACGCCGGCACGGAUGGAGGAGCGCGAGAACCAUCCGGGUGUGAGUUGAGGGGUCGCUUAAUGCGAAGUUGUUAAAGCUGCUCUGCUGGUGUAGCCGUGGAGGCCUUUUUGACUUAACUUCUGAAUAUAGUCAAGCUUGACGAUGCGUUUGUUGCGAAGUUGUCAACGUUUACACAAAAAAGUAUCUCGUGUUAGUACUCAUCAAACGUUCCGAAAUUCAAUUCAAAGCCAAAGCCAACCGAGCUUCGUGGGUACAUGCUCCAGCUAGGGCUGCUUUUAUUUGCGCCAACAGCAUUGCCAUUUGAUGUAGCAUGCCUUGGUUUUGUUUGACUUUACAGCACGCAAACGCCCGCCCAAUCGCCUUGGCACAGCCUUCCGCAGGCCGGAGCCCGACCAAAAGCGGGUAAAAGUUCGUACACCAAACCACACCACACAUUCACACACAGCACCGACUUCUCUAAACUUCCCGCGACAGAACCGCUGAGGCCAGCCUGCGCUCGUACGAUGCUCUUUUAAUGUCUAUCUAUUUGUACUGUUGGAAAGUUUUUCUUUUUCCCAUGCGGUUGGACGGGGAAGUAGGGACAGUGCAGGGAAAAGAAAUCGAAGACAAAUACUAAACACGGGGACACCGAAAACCCUUGGGCUUCGGUGGUCGAUACAUGGCUCGUUGGCUAGGUUUGCGAUGCUGUGUUUGUGUGUGUAUCUGUGGUGAUCAAAUAUUGGGUCACGGUAGAUGGGACAGUUGCUCAAUCGGCCACAUUGGCUGGCCGGUGGCUGGCCCAUUCCACCCAUUCCGCUCGAUGUCUGUUGUCCGGGUUUCGUAAUCGAUCGACCAAUCGGACCAAAGUUGAGGUUCGUUGGUUUUGUAACGGGGCGAUGCGGUUGUGGCUGCAGCAAUCAAUCAAUGGCCAGUUGGCGUCAGUACGAACCGCUUACCCCUGGCCCCCGUCUGUGGCAAGCAGCUCAACGUAAUAUUUGAACUGACCCCCGGGUGGGGAGAGUUUUAGAGUAGGAACAUAUUCGACUUCCCCACCGUACACUGCUUUGGCGAUGGGGUUGUGGUGCUAAGAAGGAUUUCACGAACAAAAAAACACACACACACACACACACAGCUCACAUGUUAGUGGUUCGAGAGGA